CAUGUAAAUUCUACCAUGGUUCUGGGAUUCUCCUGUAUUUUUAUCUACGUGCAGUAUCUGAUCUAGCUGUUGGUGCUUACUAAAUUGAGAACCCAAUCAUAUUAACCGAGAUAUUGGUUCCUACUUCCUACCUUCAGAUCAUGAGUUAUCAGAGCAUAUUGGUAUUGGUCCAACUCUAAGAGAUUGGAUGAGCCUAACAUGCAAGAUUACUUCUUUUCUAUCUUCCCAAGGGAUCAUCCAAAGAACACAAGUUUUUCUACAAAUUUCUUCACUUCAAUUGGUCUUGGUUGUAUCACUAUGACCAUGAGCGAGAUUACCUGAAGAGCAUUCCUCGCCAUCUAAUGCAACAGAAACCUGCCUCAUGUAUUGGUAUCCAUGUGUUCUGAUCCUAACUGUUUUGUUUUUGUUGGAUCUCCAUGUGCAAUAUAAUCAGAUCUUAGAUGCUGUUCAGAGGGCUUGUUGAAUUCAGGACCCAAUCAUAAUUAGAAUCCCCAAAUAGGGUUUUAUAAGAUAUCAGCAGAGUACCAGCUGGUAGGAACGUAUUCAUGUGCAAUAAUUAAUGGUGAAUCCUUUGCUCAGUUGAACUUUUUCAUCCAAAUUCAAAGUGGUUCAUUUGGGACUGGAGAUUGGAAGGGGAGAAAAGCGGCCGGGCGAAAGCGAUUUAUGCAAGUUGAAAGUAUUCCUUGUCAAAUUGGGGGGAAAACUGCAAUAUUUCCUGAAUUGCAAGUUGAAUAUAUUGGUUUGAAAUGGUCCCCACAAAUUGAAUGAAAAAGGUCAAUUGAAGGUUGAGGAUGAGACGUGGAAAUUAAUUACUUCCUCCGUUUUAUAUUAUAAGACUCUCUUGUAUUGUCCAUAUUCAUAUAUAUAUAUGUUAAUGAAUCUAGACACAGAUGUGUACCUAGAUUCAUUAACAUCUAUAUGAAUACGGGCAAUGCUAGAAAGUCUUAUAAUCUAAAACGGAGGGAGUAAGCUGGAAGGGGCAGCAGUGGUGAAGAUGGCUGAUGGAAGGUGAUGGGGGCAAUUACAUAGUCUGCAUCAUAGACAUCACACACCCAUGUUUCUUACAUUUUGUAACGUCAUCCAUGUUGCUGUGAACAAAUAUAUACACUACAGAAAAACCUAAAUAUCCUAGAAAACAUUAAAAAGGACCAAAUGUAUAAUCUUUAAAUGGAAAAAGGGCAAAGAUACAUAACAACAAGUUGAAAAUCUUGUCGCCCAAUCACUUUUGUGUGAAGGCAAUAAUAAUAUAAUGUUGCUUUACAGCAAAAGCAAUGUGCUUUUGUGUUUAUUAGCUGCAGGUGGUUUUUAUCAUUGACCAAACGCUACAAACAAAAGCAUAAUAACCAUAGGUUGAAUAUAUAAUCAAUCCUGGCCAAAACAAUCGGAUUAAUCUGCCUUUUGGGCGGUCGGCACUUGCUAAACAAUGGAAAUCAUCAACAAAAGCACUCAAACAGGACAGUGACAUGCUCUAAUUAUAUUUGAAGCUGGACCUCACGAAUCAUGCUGCUCUUGGCCAAUAAAACCAACAGAUUAAUUAGGAAGAUAAACAGGGAGCAGUUACUGGAUUAGGAGACACUUUGUUGAGGUGCAGGUGCAGAAGAGGAGGAGACAAGGUGAACAUGGAGGAGAAGGUAGGAGGAGAUGUGAGGGUUCUGAAGCCACUGAUGCACCUGCUGCUUGGACUGGUCAUGUACUGGGUCGCCGAGGAGAUGACGGUGCCUGUGCUCGUCGACGUCACCACCCGAGCACUCUGCCCCGGCGCCGACAUCGCCUGCCCGGAGGCCAUCUACCUCACCGGCCUCCAUCAAACGGUGGGAGGGAUUUUCAGGGCUGUAGGAUACACUUUGAUGGGGCAGCUAGCUGAUGAAUAUGGCCGGAAGCCUCUCCUCCUACUCACUGCCUCAACUUCCAUCAUCCCUUAUGGUGUUCUUGCCUGCAACAAAUCCAAGAUUGCUGUGUAUAUCUUCCUUAUUCUGCGUACUUUGUCAUUCAUGAUAGGCCAAGGAACCAUAACCAGCCUCGCAGUGACAUACACGGCCGAUGUGGUUGAUCCAUCAAAGAGAGCAUUUGCAUUUGGCUGCAUAACUGGGAUACUAUCUGCUUCGCAUGCUCUGGGCAAUGGCUUCUCUAGGUUUCUGCCCGAGCGGUGGAUUUUCCAGGUCUCGGUUGCUUUGUUGAUCUCUUCUGUCAUCUACAUGAAAAUAUCUCUGGUUGAGACACUUCAAAGAGCUUCUUCUGGUUCGUUUGAGCAUAUGUCGUUCUCAUCUUUGGUUGUCAGGUUACCACUGCGGCGCUGGGAGUCUAUCAAGGAGAAUAUUAACAUAAUCAGGAGAAGUGAAACACUUAGCAGAAUCACAUACAUUUCCUUCUUCUACGAGUUGGGCAUGAUCGGCAUUAGUGAUGUCCUAAUGUACUAUCUGAAGUCAGUAUUUGGUUUUGACAAGAACCAGUUCUCUGAAAUUCUUAUGGUAGUAGGCAUUGGUUCAAUCUUUUCGCAGAUUUUGGUACUCCCUGUUAUUAUCAAUACAGUUGGUGAGAAGGGAGUCCUAUGCGUUGGGAUACUUGCAUCUGUUGCCUACGCUGUCCUGUAUGGUUUGGCAUGGAGUUACUGGGUUCCUUAUCUUACUUCCUCAUUGGGUGUCAUCUAUGUUCUGGUCAAACCAGCUACUUAUGCAAUCAUCUCUGGGGAAGUGGACUCAUCUGACCAGGGAAAGGCACAAGGAUUCAUUUCAACUGUGAAAUCCACAGCUGUACUGUUGGCACCAUUGUUCAUGAGCCCCCUGACCUCUUACUUCAUUUCAGAACAAGCCCCCUUCAACUGCAAAGGUUUCAGUUUCCUCGUUGCCGGUUUCUUCUUGGCAAUAUCUUUGGGCAUUUCUUUCAUGCUUAAGCCAGAAGCCAAAUGCACAAGAGUUGCAGUUCCAGAUCAGCUUGAUCAUGAAGCAGUGCAAGCACCACUAUUAGCUCAACCAUGAACAAAUUGGCAAGGAACUGAACUUUGUACCUGUACAUACCAUUCUACCUGGCAAACAUCUGAAGUUUGAAGAUUGCAUUGGUUGUAACGCCACAAUCUUGAAACUCAUGUUGCCAAAGCUGAUAUUGGGUUUAUAGCAAAGAUAUUAAUUGUACAUAUAGCGGAUGUUAAUGUUAUGUCUAGUACUAAUUAGUUACGUUUUAGAUUCAAUAGUAGCCAAGUGAAGUUUGUGUAAGAAGGUAAAGUUGCAGGUAACUUUAUCUCCGACUUAAGUUAGGUGACUUUAAUAUCACUGGCAUAUGGGUCCACAGCAAUGGCACGGUAUUACAAAAGUGUGCCUGCACUUUAUAGUUGCAACUGACUGAACCAAGGCUGUUCUCGUGAAAUUAAUAUAUAUAGCACUUGAUAAUAUAAGUACAUUUUAUGAGACAA